AUGAUCGAAAGAGAUGGAAGGCUGCAGGAAGGAGACCAGAUCCUGGCCAUAGAUGGACAGCCCCUAGAUGCGGCCAUCUCGCAUCAGCAGGCCAUAGCAAUCCUUCAGCAGGCCCACGGACUCGUCGAGCUUGUCGUUGCCCGGGACAACCCGCGAGCCGACCAAUCGCCAUCCACCUCCAUCCAACGUUCGGCAACGCCAUCUAGCGACGCCGAACAGGACCUCAGUAUGUGGUUGAACACAGAAUGGGCUCAAGCUUCCAUGCAAGCACAGGGACAGGAGGGACCCCUGGUGGACAUAAACGGGUAUGAGCCGGAUACGGAGAUGGAGACGUUUCAGGUGCAGCUAGCGAAGGAUGAGGGCGGCCUGGGCAUCACCAUCGCUGGCUACAUCGGUGAACGCGAGGAGAUAUCGGGAAUCUUCGUAAAGAGCAUAUCGGAGGGCAGUGCUGCGGAGCUCGACGGACGGGUACGGGUCAACGAUCAGAUUGUAGCGGUCGUAAGCUUCACGCGUCGCACAGUCAUCAAAGAUGGCGCCGCUGACCUUUCGUUAGGGGGGUAG